AAGUGAAAACAAAGGUUUAUCAUCCCUUUUCCAGCCAAUUAAGAAAUAAUAAUCUAGAUGGCUGGCCACGAUCUCAAUGAUGAUCGGGAACGGUCGGCGGAUGUUGAGUUUGACCGGAGUCUACAAUUUUCUUCUAUGUUCCUCUCGGAGCGGGUAUUGGCUGGCCUAACCCGUAAUAACUACAUUCAUCCAUCGCCGAUACAGGCACGUGCAAUUCCACUUGGAAGGCUCGGAAUAGACUUGUUAGUACAAGCAAAAUCUGGAACCGGUAAAACACUGGUAUUUGCAGUCCUGAUUGGCGAAAUGUACGAUCCAGACACACCUUUUCCCCAGUCGCUAACAAUUGUGCCUACUAGAGAAAUCGCCGUACAAAUCGAGCAGGUAAUGAACCGAAUAUGUUAUUCCCUUCCCCGAUUUCGUGCGCAAAGCUUUAUCGGAGGGUUGGACAUAGCGCAGGAUAGAAAGAAUUUGCAGAAUUGUUCCGCUGUGAUUGGAACGCCUGGCCGUAUAUUACACUUAAUGAAAAAUAACAUUCUGAACACUACUGAAAUGCGUGUUUUGGUAUUGGAUGAAGCUGAUUCAUUGAUUUCUGGAACAUUACAAGCGGAUGUAGAUCAUAUAAUUAAAUUACUUCCUCAAAAACGACAAACAAUAAUGUGCAGUGCAACAUUCUACCAGAACCGGGACCGAAAAUUGCUAAAGUACUUAAAUGAGAAAUUUAUUGGAGUAACACCAAAGAAGGAGGCUCCUAUUUUACAUGGAAUCCGACAAUUUGUGCGCGAAUUACCGGAAACAAAAGACAACAUUAAGGAGGUUAUGGGAAAAAUUGCUGAAUUAAAUCAGAUUUUAAAGAAGAUCCCCUACAAUCAGUGUUUGGUGUUUACCAACACUCAAACAAAGGCUGACACCUAUCGCGCCUAUUUAAACCGAGCCGGUUGGCAAGCGGAAGUUAUCCGUAGUGGUCAGGAACAACGGGUUCGCUUGAAGACGGUGGAAAAUCUGCGGGAAUUCCGCUGUCGCAUUUUAACUGCAACUGACCUAUUGGCACGAGGAAUUGACGCUGAAAAUGUCAAUCUGGUAAUCAAUGUGGAUGUUCCGAAAGACAAUUCGACCUAUCUUCAUCGAAUUGGCCGAGCCGGGAGAUUCGGAACAAAAGGCAUUUCUAUUACUUUGCUUUCAUCGGCAAAAGAGACCGAGCGUUUCCGGAAAAUUUUAAAUGAUAUUGGUGGUACGGAAAUGUUUCUCUAUAAAUUGCCCUCAACAGAGCUCGAAGAAAUAUGGGAUUUUGAUUCAUACGAUAAGAAAUAUAAAAAAUUCUUCGCGUCGUCAUUGGAGCAGGAGAUUCGAGACAGAGGUGCGGAUAGAUCUUUGCUGGAAACAAUUCAGGAAGUUGAUUCCCGAACAGAAAUGGAGCGCAAGUCUGCGGAGGAUCUGGAAGAUAGUUUGGAGGAAGUGAAGAAAUCUGCAGAUUCUACAUUGGAGGCGGAUUCGAUUGAGCAAAUGACGGCAAAAACAGAAAACGGUUUGACCACCACCAAUGAAGAAGAAGAAAUAAUUGAAAAGAUAAUACCGCUCGAUUCAGAUGCAACUUUGGAAGAAAUACAAAUGCAAAGUGAACGUCCAGAAAGCAUUUCGGAUGUGACAAAAGACUGUCCAUUGCCAGUACAACCAAUAAAUUUAUCUGCCCAAACAACGAAUGAUGCGAUCCUCAGUGUUGCUUACCUGAAGUCACUCCAGGCUCAAAUCAAUUCUGCGGAGAAUACUGUGAAUAAACUUGAAGAAAUUGUCAACAGUGCUUUUAACUCUUAUUCAGAUAGCAGCUGCUGUGAAGAAUGCGUAACAACCCAUGUUUUGCAAUUUAAGGAUGAUGAUUUACAAAAAAUUACUUCUAACUCGAACGGAGAUGAAUCUUCAAAAAUGGACCAAAUGUUUUUAGCAGCAAUGCACAAGAUGCAGCUGGCGGAUGCCGGCCAAUCUAAUACUAUAAAGGAAGAAUCUACUGAAAGUGGAAAAGCAUAUAUGCCCAAAUAUUCCUCAGUAAUUGAUCAAAUGUUUCUUAAAGCAAUGGGUGAUCUUGAACAACAAGACUUAAUGAAGACUGAAGUAACCUCAUCCCUAGAGGUAAAACCUGAGCUUGCUAAUGAUACUGCGGAGCAUUCACUUGUCACAAAACAAGAAGGUGAUGCGAGUUCUGAACUAUUGUUGCCCACAACAAACGGAGAGUUAAAAAAUGAAACAGUUUCAUCGAGCGACGAUUUGUUUCUCGCUGCAAUGAAUAAGAUUGAUUUUGAGGGGGACACAAAGCCUCCACCGAGCGAUGACUUAUUCCUUGCAGCAAUGAAUAAGAUUGAUACUGAGGAGGACACGAAGCCUCCACCGAGCGAUGACUUGUUCCUAACGGCAAUGAAUAAGAUUGAUUCUAAGGUGAACACAAAACCCUCACCGAGCGAUGAUUUAUUCCUGGCGGCAAUGAAUAAAAUUGAUUCUGAGGAGGGUACAAAGCCACCACCGAGCGAUGACUUAUUCCUGGCUGCAAUGAAUAAGAUUGAUUUCGAUGAUGAAGCAAAGCCGCAACAAGAUAUACAGGAUCUGACAACACGAUCAGUGACACCGUCUUCUCCGGAGGUUACUUGUUCUACCCCCGAAUCGUGCUUCACUACAGAUAGUUCGUUCAGUUCAAACACCACAAAAAAGGUAGAGGUUGGAUCUGAUUUUACAACACCUAACUCUCGAGUACAGGGAAUUCGCAGCGCUGUGCCGGCACACCAGGUGAGCUCCUCUGUGUCCGAUAACUCAUCCAACACGAGUCAAACUUCCGACUCGGUCGUUCCAAUAACUGACCAGAGUUGCCUUCCGUUGGAAGUGAACAAUGAUGCUUUAUUUGCUAAAAUUAUGGAGCAAAAGGAAAUGGAAGUGGGCCAUCAGCAGCGGCCGUUUCAAUUCUCGAUCGAUGGUUGCAGUCUUGAAGUUCACGACGAUCCGAUUAGUGAUCGCGAUAUUGAUUCUCGCAAGGGGUCUGUUCCUGAUGUAGUUCCUUGUGGAAUUACGAUGGAUGCAUCUCGUCUGCAUAAUGAUGAAUUGGCGUCUGCUUUGGACGAGCAAACGACUUCCGGCUUCGAUCUCAAUUCAAACACAUGCGGUUCAAAUCACGGAUCCGUUUUCGAGCAUGGCGAAGAAGCUGUCAUUCCGCAAGAUGAUCCUCCGAAACGAAUCAGAUUCCAGGAGGAUAAUCUUUCGCUCGAUUUGCUGGCCAAUUCGGAAAAUAAUUUUGAACUUGAAGCUCAACUCGACCAACAGCAAGAUGCGAGACUCGACCUUGCUCCACGCACUGAUGCGGUGGCCGCUACCGAAGAUAUUGAGGAUGCAAGCUCCUAUUCCUCGGAAUACGGCAGUGAAAUGUCCAAUUCAUCCUUUUUCGAUCAACGUGAGUGGGAUGGCGAAGAAGCAGUAAGUGCUACAGUUGCGGGAGGUCAUGGUAAGGAGCGGCGUCGAUCAAAGAGCGAGUACAGACGUAGGUCAAGCGCACGGGAUGCAGAUCUUACCGGUUUGUAUCAUCGAACUUACGCCAACUGGAGCAAUCAGUAUUGGAACCAGAUGACAAUGAUUCGAGACUAUACGCGUUUUUCGAUCUAUACCAAGCGUAACAUUUGCCACAAUUGCCAACCGAAACGUUAAGAUGUACACCAACAAUACAAUAAUCUAUCUCUAAACUAUUUGCAAAAGCUGCUAUACACUUAUGUGAUGUUACUGGUUAGUUUUACUAUAAAAGCGAAGGACAAUUUUCGUUACUAUAUUG